UGUUUUGUAAGAAGCGGAGAGUAUUUCCAAUAUGGCUGCCCCCACGGUGCAAGUUUUUGAUUCUGAUAAAAACGUCGCAGACAAUUUGUGUUCCUUAGUUAUUCGCAAAGCUAAGGACGCAAUCAACUCUAGGGGUCAAUUUUUUAUAGGUGUAUCUGGGGGAAGUGCAGCUAAAUUUUUAUGUGAUGGCUUAGAGAAGGCUGAAACUAAUUGGUCGAAAUGGAGAAUAUUUUUUUGUGAUGAACGUCAUGUGCCUUUUACAAAUCCAGAAUGUACCUACAGUGUUUAUAAAAACAAUCUAUUAUCCAAAAUAAAUUUUCCACCAGAGAAUAUAUACCCUAUAAAUCCAGAUCUUCCAGUUGAAGAGUGUGCAGUAGAUUAUGCUAAAAAAAUCAGCACAGUGUUUGCAACAACAGAUCUACCAGUUUUUGAUGUGUUGGUAUUAGGAAUGGGUCCUGAUGGACAUACCUGUUCUCUCUUCCCUGACCAUCCUCUGUUACAGGAAACAGAGAAAAUAGUGGCACCAAUAUCUGAUUCACCAAAACCACCACCGUGUCGAGUUACAAUGACCUAUCCUGUUAUUAAUAAAUGUAGAUGUGCUGUUUUUGCUUCCUGUGGAGCAGGGAAAGCUGAAAUACUGAAGCGUGUUUUGGAAGGAAAUGAGGAGAAACCUUUACCUGCAUCAAGAGUAAAGCCAGAACAAGGGGAGGUAAUUUGGAUGUUAGAUGCCCCAGCUGCAGCUAACUUGAAAAAUUACAGUAAAAUGUAACAUAUUUUUUUUUUUAUUAUGGUAUACAAGGAUUUUGUUAUUGUUGAAAUGACAUAAGAUAUUAUUAAAUUUUAUAAUUAUUUAAUGUUUUAUGUUAUUUGUAUGUGCUUAAGAAGCACUUGUAUGUGCUUAAGAAGCACUUGUAUGUGCUUAAGAAGCUUGUUAUCUAUAUUUUUGUGUAAUGCUAUUUUUUGCUAUGUUACAUUUAUUAUUUUAUUAACAAAGAACUAAGUUCUAAAAUCUAUAGAGUUACAAAUAAAUCUAAAACAAAUUUGUGCUAUAAUGAUUUAAAAUACAACAAAAAUAUCAUUUUACAAUGUAAAGGAUAGGCCGCAUACACCAAUAAAUGUACAUGUAUUUGUUAUGCAAACAUAGACCAAACUUUUUUGUACUAGUAAAAACGCACACAUGUAUAUACAGUAAUGAAAUAUUACCAAAUAAUAAAUGAUAUUGAAUAAAUACAUGUACUUAGA